GUCCCUCAUUUCACACUCGCCCACGCCUCACCAAAUCCAAAGCUCCCACAGAAUUCAGAGAUCGACCCCUUCUCCUCUUCUUCUUCUUCUUCCUUUCUUCUCCAAGUACCAUUCUGCUUUCUUCUUCUCCCCGUGAGUUGGAGCAUCGAUCUCACAUCUCAGGCCAUGGCAGGAAGCAGAGCACUAGUCUUGUUGUUUCUGAAUCUAUUUCUGGCACUGUCAUUGCUCUUCUCUUCCUCGCCGGCCGACGGCCUCAACAUCGGCGUCCAGUCCGUCAACCCUGGCGGCCUUUCUGCGAGCAAAGAGCAAUGCAGCAGAAAGUGCGAGUCUUCUCACUGCACCGUUCCUCCCUUCUUGAGAUACGGCAAGUACUGCGGCAUCUUAUACAGCGGCUGCCCUGGCGAAAAGCCAUGCGACGCCCUCGACGCCUGUUGCAUGGUCCACGACGCCUGCGUGCAGCGUAAAAAUGACUACUUGAGUCAGGAAUGCAACGAGAACUUCCUGAAUUGCAUCGAGACGGUGAAGGGGUCGGGGAAGGGGACGUCUAGGGGUAACAAGUGCAUGGUGGAGGAGGUGAUGGAUGUCAUGACACUGGUCAUUGAGGCCGCCUUAUUAGCCGGUAGAGUCCUCCACAAGCCAUAGAGCCAUCAGCCAUGGCAGGUGAUUAAGAGCCCCAACUUGUGUUUCCCUUUUUUGGUUUCACUCUAGACUCAAGUCUUUCCAUCAGUUCGGUAGCGAGAAAGACAAACAUACAGGAACAAUUUGAUUUGUAUUUUUUCUUUUGAAGAAAAAAAAAACUGCAUCGUAUUCAACUAGCUCAA